AUGAGUAAUGAAGUGCCUCGUGUGUAUAGAGAAAUAAUAGAAGAAGUAAUAAGGAGCACAACAGAAGACAGCUACAGAAUAGGCAUAGAUGCAUCAAUUUUGGACGAAAUAAAGAAUACCUGGAUCGCAAAAAUAUGCGAGUACACGGACAUAGGCGAGUACAAGAUCCGGCACAACUACAGCGAGAGCCGGGUGAACAUGGAGGGGUACUUCAACGGGGGAUACACAUACCCAGAGUACGGCUACAACAGGGACUAUCCGUACUACUACCAGGAGAAGGAGGAGAAAGACCCGGAAAAUGAGCGGUACGACGACCAGUUCGACGGCCUGGGGGAGGAGCAGAACGAGGAGGAGCUGGACUCGAACGAUCUUUCCGAGAGUGACUGCGACGUAGAGAGUGAAGAGCCCACAAAAAAUGUUAUGCUGUGCCUUUUUGACAAAGUGACUCGGGUGAAGGACAAGAGAAGGUGCACCCUGAAGCAUGGGUUUCUUACAAUUGGGAGAACCGAUUACACAUUCAACGUGGCAAAUGGCGACCUUGAGUGGUAG